AUGCUCUGAGUCAGUGUUUUCGUAUUGUUUUGGCAUGUGCGUUUUGUGUAUUUCGUCAUAUUUUAUAACCGUUUUAAAUUCCGUCUCACUUGAACUACAGUGUUUGGUGGCAUUUUACGAUGGCCAAACGUGAAACUAUCGUGCACUGGUUCCGGAAAGGAUUGCGUAUUCACGACAAUCCAGCUCUUUCGAUUGCAGUCGAUAAAGUGCGUGAAAAUCCCGCCAAAUAUUAUCUCCGGCCAGUGUUUGUGCUUGAUCCGGGUAUACGCAAAUGGUUGCGCGUUGGACCGAAUCGGUGGCGAUUUUUGCAGCAGACGCUGGUUAAUUUGGAUGAAAAUUUGCGUUCCAUUAACUCGAGGCUGUACGUCGUGCGUGGCAAUCCAGUGGAAAUAUUUCCAAAACUAUUUACAGAAUGGAACGUGUCGUUGUUAACUUUCGAACAUGAUAUUGAACCAUACGCCGUGAAACGAGACAAAACCGUUGAGGAUCUGGCAAAAAAGCACAACGUGAAGAUUCACGUGGAAAAAUCGCACACAAUCUUUGAUCCCGAUACCAUCGUGAGAAAAAACGCUGGCAAGCCGCCACUGACCUACCAAAAGUAUGCAACGCUUGCGUCGGCUUGUAAAAUACCCCAGGCGUUACCGGUGCCUAAAAAACUUCCCGCCAACUGUGGUGUCCCGGAGCCGGAUAAAGAGGAGCGAAAAAAUCCUACCUGUUACGAUCCCCCAACGAUGAAGGAACUGGGGGUGAAGGAAGGUACAAUAAGUGAAUGUAAGUUUCCGGGCGGCGAAACGGAAGCUUUGCGUAGGAUGGAUGAAGCCCUCAGUCGGAAGACGUGGGUCUGUAACUUCGAGAAGCCGAACACCUCUCCAAAUUCUCUCGAACCAUCUACCACGGUUCUGAGUCCGUACUUAAAGUUUGGAUGCCUGAGCGUGCGGCUGUUCUAUAGCCGUGUAUCAGAGAUUAUCAAAGGGCAGAAACAUUCCCAACCCCCUGCAUCGUUAAUCGGACAGAUAAUGUGGCGCGAAUUCUAUUACUGCGUAGCAGCUGUAACUCCCAGCUUCGAUAAGAUGGCCGGCAACAAUGUUUGUUUGCAGGUUGAUUGGGACACUAACCAGGAUCAUCUGGAUGCUUGGACCAACGGGCGGACGGGUUAUCCGUUUAUCGACGCUAUCAUGCGCCAGUUGCGCCAGGAAGGUUGGAUACAUCACCUUGCACGUCAUGCCGUAGCUUGCUUCUUGACGCGUGGCGAUCUCUGGAUAUCGUGGGAAGAAGGACAACGAGUGUUCGAAGAAUUGCUGCUGGAUGCCGACUGGGCAUUGAAUGCCGGAAACUGGAUGUGGUUGUCCGCUUCUGCCUUCUUUCAUCAAUUCUUCCGUGUGUACAGCCCGGUAGCAUUUGGCAAAAAGACCGACCCGGAGGGAAAGUUUAUCCGCAAGUACGUACCGGAACUGGCACGCUUUCCUGCCGGAAUCAUCUACGAACCGUGGAAGGCGAAUCUCGAAACGCAAAAGAAGCUGGGUUGCAUUAUCGGGAAGGAUUAUCCGCAGCGGAUAGUUGUACACGAGGAAAUAUCAAAGGUAAAUAUACAACGCAUGUCAGCCGCUUAUAAGCGCAACAAAGCACAAAAAGAACACGAUCUGGACGGUGACAGUGCGCCAGGCGCUAGUUCGGCCGGUAAAAAGCGUCCAUCGUCGACAAAAGCUAAUGCUGCGCCUAAGAAGCGGAAGCUUGAAGCUACAAUAGAAAAGUUCUUGAAAAAGAAGUAAAACAAAUAAGCUUAACUCACGUUAUGGUAAUAUAAAACUGCCAGUAAUACUCAUGUCUAUCUCUCAGGUAAAUGCUGUCCGUAAGACAAAGCAAAAUAUUAUUUCUCAAAGCAACAGUUAAACAUCUCUUAUUAAAAGAUUUAUGCUGAACAUAUCAGUUAUUGCAAUCUUCUGGCUUGAAAAUUCAAGAGUCCUUAAAAGCUUUGAGAUCUUAGGAUCUCCAAAUGGAAAACGUAACGUGCAUACCAUGCAAAUGGCUCUCUCUUUCUCAAGGCUUAACAACCUUUAAAGUCAUACCGCCCAUUUCUGACUUACUGGACUUAUUUUU